AUGAGUGCAUACAGCCUGAGCUCACUCAAUAUGGGUACCCUACCUCGCAGCCUUUACCCCACAAGCCCUCGAGGGACACUGAUGAGGAGGCGAAUGAAAAAGAAGGACUUCAAAAGCUCAUUAUCCUUGGCAUCUAGCACAGUUGGUUUAUCAGGACAAGUUGUCCACACCGAAAGUACAGAGGUUGCACUAACUGCAGACCCCAUUGUGGGAUUUGGAAUCCAACUUCAAGGCAGUGUGUUUGCCACAGAGACGUUAUCAUCCCCACCCUUAAUUUCUUAUAUUGAUGUAGACAGUCCUGCAGAACGGUGUGGUGUGCUGCAAGUGGGAGACCGAGUUAUUGCAAUAAACGGUGUGCAGACAGAGGACAGUACCUUUGAAGAAGCCAAUCAACUUUUGAGAGAUGCAACUAUUGCUGGAAAAGUAACUUUGGAAAUUGAGUUUGAUGUUGCAGAAUCUGUGAUACCUAGCAGUGGAACAUUCCAUGUAAAAUUACCAAAGAAACACAAUGUUGAACUUGGCAUCACCAUAAGCUCUCCGUCCAGUAGGAAAACAGGAGAUCCACUGGUUUAUUUCAGAUAUAAAGAAAGGCAGUGUUGCACAUCGCACAGGGACUCUGGAGCUGGGGGAUAAACUGCUUGCCAUAGACAACAUCCGGCUGGACAACUGCUCUAUGGAGGAUGCAGUUCAGAUUUUACAGCAAUGUGAAGACCUGGUGAAGCUGAAGAUACGCAAAGAUGAAGAUAACUCAGAUGAACAGGAAAGCUCUGGAGCUAUUAUUUAUACUGUGGAACUGAAGAGGUACGGAGGACCUUUGGGAAUUACCAUUUCUGGCACUGAAGAGCCUUUUGAUCCUAUUAUCAUCUCAAGCCUUACUAAAGGUGGACUGGCAGAGAGGACAGGAGCAAUCCAUAUAGGGGAUCGGAUACUAGCCAUAAAUAGUAACAGUCUAAAAGGCAAACCUUUGAGUGAAGCCAUUCACUUAUUACAAAUGGCAGGGGAGACUGUCACUUUAAAAAUCAAGAAGCAAAAUGAUGCAACAAGUCCAAAGAUAUUUGCAUCACCAAGCAGAGUAAGUGAGCUGUGUGAUGCUGAGGAUGACACUCCUGUCACUCAGAAAUCCAGCAACCUCUCUGAUAUUUACUCUACCACAGUGCCAAGUGUGGAUAGCGCAGUGGAGUCCUGGGAUGGCUCUGCUGUGGACACAGCUUUUGGAAGCCAAGGUCCAAACUUUCAAGCGUCAGGAUUCAAUUUCAAUGCAUAUGAAUGGAGGAGCCCCAAACAGAAGGGCAGUCUGUCUCCUUUAAGUAGACCCGCUAUGAAUCACUUCCAGGACACAGGGCUUAGUGACGAUGAGUGGGAUAGGCCUGCAGCCAGUGGGUUUCCUGGAGGUCCAGAGGACGCUGAAGCUGACCAAGAGGAAAAUUUCUGGUCCCAGGCACUCGAGGAUCUAGAAACAUGUGGCCAGUCAGGAAUUCUCAGAGAACUAGAGGCAACCAUCAUGUCUGGCAGCACACUGAGCCUAAAUCAUGACAAUGCUCAGCCUCGUGGGCAGCUGGGCCGCCAAGCAAGUUUCCAAGAGAAGAGCUCUGUCAGACCACAUUACAGCCAGAGCACCCGCAGCAACACACUACCAUCUGAUGUAGGCAGAAAAUCUGUAGCUAUGAGAAAACUCAAACAAGAAAUGAAAGAAAUUAUGUCACCAACUCCUGUGGAGUUACACAAGAUCUCUUUAUUUAAAGACUCUGAUAGAGAAGAUUUUGGGUUUAGUGUAGCUGAUGGUUUACUGGAGAAGGGCGUGUAUGUGAAGAAUAUUCGUUCCAAUGGACCAGGAGAUAUAGGAGGCUUGAAGCCAUUUGACAGGUUACUGCAGGUAAACCACGUCCGCACCAGAGACUUUGACUGCUGUUUGGUUGUCCCAUUAAUAGCAGAAUCUGGAAACAAGCUUGAUUUGGUUAUUAGCAGGAACCCCAUUGCUUCACAGAAGGAGGCACCAGAUCUACCAAGCCUACCGGUGGAGGAAUGGACUGAUCACAGUGACCCUUUUUCUCAGCAAACUAGUGGACGCUUAGCAUCUCUGGAUAUGCGAGACUCAACAAAUACUUUAUAG